AAUGGGGCACUUCCAUUUUAGACAGAGAGCGCGCCACCUGUGCCACCAGAACAGAGUUUAGCACGGCUGUUCCACUGCCCAAUAUCAUUCCAUGAAAACAACAAAAAAGGCACCUACAAUUAUUAUUAUUAUUCGUUCGCAAAAGAAGCAUUUGUAUUUAUUAAUGCAAUCCGAUAGAUAAGCGUUUGUAUCAGCACAGUAGAAGAAGAAGACAGCUGCAUGGCAUGGGCUGCUGCUGUUCCUAUUCCUUCUUAAACGCUCUCGUUUUAUAGGUCCCAACCACCCUCACUAACUCGUCCGAGACACCACCCUUUCGACUCGCUCACUGCUCAUAAUUUCCUCUCUGUCUUUCCUUCUUCAGGGGUAUUGAGGAUUGUGGUGGCAAUCGAAUCGAGGGCUGGAGUGGGGUGGGGUGAGAAUGUCAUACAUAGGGCGAAAAGGAAUUCAUUACUUUCAGAAACUAAACGCUGCGAAUGUUGCUUCUGGUUUGUUAGAAAAGGGCCAGAACCGCGUGGUCGAUGCUUCUCUCACUCUCAUUCGCGAGAGAGCCAAGCUUAAGGGAGAGUUGGUGCGUGCCGUAGGAGGUGCUGUAGCAUCGGCUUCUCUUCUGGGUGUACCUCUAGGACAUAACUCGUCGUUUCUUCAAGGCCCUGCCUUUGCUCCUCCUCGCAUUAGGGAGGCUAUAUGGUGUGGAAGCACUAACUCAGCUACCGAAGAAGGGAAAGAAUUGAAUGACCCUCGAAUUUUAACUGAUGUUGGUGAUGUUCCUGUACAAGAAAUUCGAGAUUGUGGAGUGGAUGAUGAUAGGCUGAUGAAUGUUAUAAGUGAGUCUGUCAAGUUGGUCAUGGAGGAGGAGCCACUACGCCCGUUAGUUUUAGGUGGUGACCAUUCAAUUUCUUUUCCUGUUGUAAGAGCUGUAUCUGAGAAGCUGGGUGGACCUAUUGAUAUACUUCAUCUUGAUGCCCACCCUGAUAUCUAUCAUGCCUUUGAGGGAAAUAAAUAUUCCCAUGCAUCAUCUUUUGCUCGAAUUAUGGAGGGUGGUUAUGCUCGCCGACUUUUGCAGGUUGGAAUUAGAUCAAUAACCUCUGAAGGGCGUGAACAAGGCAAAAGAUUUGGCGUUGAGCAAUAUGAAAUGCGAACCUUUUCAAGAGACCGUCACUUUCUAGAAAACCUGAAACUAGGAGAAGGUGUGAAAGGUGUAUAUAUCUCCAUAGAUGUAGAUUGUCUUGAUCCUGCCUUUGCUCCUGGAGUUUCUCAUAUCGAGCCAGGUGGUCUCUCAUUCCGUGAUGUUCUCAACAUACUCCACAACCUCCAAGGUGAUGUGGUUGCAGCAGAUGUGGUUGAAUUUAACCCACAGCGUGACACUGUUGAUGGAAUGACGGCAAUGGUUGCCGCCAAGUUGGUGAGAGAAUUGACUGCAAAGAUAUCAAAGUAAGAAAACAUGUGUCUUCGCUCUAGACUCUGAUACACAUGUCCACUUGAAGAGGAAUGCUUCCUUCAUAGCAAAGAUUUUUCAAGUAGAACCAUUCUAAUUAAACAUGUGAUAACUACAGUCUGUAGCAUUCCAGCACGGUAAUGUGUCUCUGUUCACACAAAGUGUGUGGCAAUGAUGUUGUUAAAUUGCUAUUUGGUUUACACGAUUUGAGAAGUCAUUGUACUUCCAUCUUUUACCUAAACAAAAGAGUAGACAAAUAUUCUUAUGUUCA